ACAUAGUGUGUUCAGUUGUUUUGAGACCGUUGACAAUUUCGUUGCGUGUAGAAUUAUUUUUAUAUAAUUUACCUCUUUAAAAAGAAAAUUACAUAAAAGAAAACGAAGGAUUCGUAAUCGUCUCAUUAUAUUUUCAUUUUCCGUUUUAUCAUUUUUUGCGUACUAAGGAAAAUUCAACGCAUAAGUAAUUGCAGUGAACCAGUGUCAAAGUAUAUAUUACAUCUCGGUUAAGAUUAAUUUUCACACGUAACGGAAAGAGGAAGCAUUUGAAAUUGAUAUUAUUGUUUUCGAAAACACUCUGUGAACAAAAAAAAACAAGCUGUGCGUACUAAAGGAUAACAGUAAAAGAAACAUUUGAAUUAUUUCAAUAUUGAUUAUAUAAAAUUCUCAAAACCCAAGUAAUCUGUGAUAUCUUGAAAAUAAGAAAAUAUUUAACGGAAAGAAAUAGUCAGUCUGCUAGUGAGUGAUAAACAACAAAAUAUGCAAAUGAAUUUGUGUCUGUGAAUAAAUAGUGCAAACGAUACCAAAACACACACAGAGAAAAGAAAAUAUUUAAAAUUAAAACAAUUCAUUUCCCGUCGCCAAUAAACAAAUUCAAUUCAAUCAUGUUGAUGCCUGGCACACCCGACACAGAUGCGGCCACAUUAGCCGCGCUAACGAAUUCUCAAGCGUUGGUAGCACCCGGAGGUGGACUGGUGUCACCAUCGACGCCAACAGUACAACAAAAAGACACAACGUGGACGAAACUGUUUGUUGGCGGUCUGCCCUACCACACCACAGACAAAAGUCUGAGAGAACAUUUUUCGGUCUAUGGUGAAAUCGAGGAGGCUGUAGUGAUCACAGACAGACAAACGAACAAAAGUAGAGGCUAUGGAUUUGUUAUCAUGGGCGACAGAGCAAGUGCUGAAAGAGCGUGUAAAGAUCCCAAUCCAAUAAUUGAUGGGCGCAAAGCAAAUGUAAAUCUAGCAAUUUUAGGUGCUAAGCCAAGAGGAAAUUUAACACCCGGAUUCCCAUUUGCGACAGGCUUGAGAGCAGGAGGAUAUCCGGUUAUACCAAACCAGUUUGGGGUACAGCCAUCGUACGUGUACAGUUCACCGUAUCUAGGCGCUGCGACAACCGCUUCAACAGCCGGACUUGUACCGAUACAGGCAACACAAUUGUCACACGCUGCUGCACUAGCUGCAGCCACAAAUCAAUUCUACGAAUAUCAACAAAAUGCUGUAGCAGCUGCAGCUGCAUCGCCAUAUCCAGGUCAAUAUGCCGGAUUCGAAGCGUAUCCGUAUACUAGUGCUGCGGGUGCAGCAGCCGCUAGCUAUAUGACCCCAUAUGGAUAUACAACGUUACCUCAGAGUGGUGGUGUUGCUGGUGGAAUACCCGGAUUGUCACCCUAUCAACAAGCAGCAAAUGCUUCUUUACAAGAGAAUACAAAAUGGAGCUAUGAAAACAUCUAUAAAACUGCAAGAGAACUGCUGUAGACUGUAAUUAACAAGAGAAAUCGUCACAGUUUUUUUUAAUAUCUAGAGAAAAAUUGUUAGAUUCGUUCUAUAUCUAAAAACUUGAAAUAAUUUUUUUUUAUUUAUUUAAUUAAAAAAUCUAGUCAAUUAUUCGACGUAUUUUGUACUUAGUUUUCUUUUCGUUUACGUAAAAAAAAUAAUUUUGUUAUUAUUUUGAGAAACGAUUUUCGGUUUGGUUGAAAGCAAAAGAAAGUAGUGUAGAUGAGGAAGAAACCACGACACACAGAAAUGAAUUCGUUUUUUUUUGUAACAAUCCGCGUAAGUUUAAAUGACUAAAUAAUUUAUUUAUUUAAAUUUAAGAAAUUAAAAAGAAAUAAAUCUUUGACGGAUGAUGAUGGUCGGCGCUAAAAAGGGAAAUUUUUAGAAAGAAGAAAUAAAUAAAAACAAAAACAAAAAGUGAAAUUAAUUAAGGAUUACUUUAGGUAAGCAAAAAUUAUGUUUAAAACAAAACAAAAACCAAAAUUAUAUAGAAUGAGAGGACGAGAGAAAGACCAAUAUAGAGGUAUGGAUGUAUUGCACAAAAAAGCGAACUGAAACAAUCACAAUUCUUUUCUUUGUUAUUGUGGACAAAUAUAUCUCCGUCCAUUUAGCUUUUUUUGUAAUUUUUAAUGAUGAAAAAAUUGACAAAACAAUAAAAAUGAUAGAAAACUACAAAAAAAAAUAUAAAAAAGUUAAAUGAGAGCGUCUUUCUUAUUGAACACACAAAAUAUUUUAAACCAAAAAGUGUAAAUCCAAAUAUUUUUUAUUGUUCUUACUAAUAAAUUAUAUACAAUUCUCACACCACCAAUAUAUCAAAUCGUAGUUGUAAGUGAAAAACAUCUCAUUAAAAAUUUUCUUAUUGAAAAAAAAAAUUACAAAAAUCUCAUAUCUUAAAACAAAUUAAUUGAAACAACAACUAAAUACCACAAACACUUAAAUGUUGUAAAUCUAAUAAAAAAAAACAAACAAAAAUACAAAAAAAACAUAAAAACAAGAGAAAACAUAAACUUUAUAAUAGGUAAACUAAUUAAAAAAUUGUUAAAUUAAGUUAUUUAAUUUAUAUGGAUACUAUUCUCAUUUUUAUGGAAAUCUAAUUAAUAUAUUAUU